UGUGACACCACCACAAGCCGUGAGGAUGUUCAUCUACCAUAAUGCAUCUUAACCUUCCGUGGCAGGAAGUUUGAAAAUGGCGACGAUUGUGUGUUGGAAUACGGCCUUUUUAUUACAAAUAAUUAUUCUAGCAGUUCAGGUUUUAGCUGGGAGGGAUUUUUAUGCCAUUCUUGGUGUGUCCAAAAGUGCAAAUACCAAUCAAAUCAAAAGAGCAUAUCGUAAAUUAGCUAAAGAACAUCAUCCUGAUAAAAAUAAAAACGAUCCAGAUGCAGAGAGACGAUUCCAAGAUUUAGGUGCAGCCUAUGAGGUGCUAUCUGACGAGGAGAAACGAAGAGUUUAUGAUCGUCAUGGAGAGGAAGGGUUAGGUAAAGGUGAUACUCAUGGUGAUCCAUUCUCUAGUUUUUUUGGUGAUUUUGGUUUUGGAUUUGGUGGAAUGAGAGAACAAGAACAGGAAAUACCGCGAGGUGGGGAUGUUUUAAUGGAUUUAGAAGUUACACUAGAAGAACUAUAUUCGGGUAACUUUGUUGAGGUUGUAAGAUAUAAACCAGUAGCUAAACCUGCUAGAGGUACUAGAAGAUGUAAUUGUAGAAUGGAAAUGGUCACAACACAACUAGGCCCUGGCAGAUUUCAAAUGAGUCAACAACAAGUUUGUGAUGAAUGUCCUAAUGUUAAAUUUGUUCCCGAAGAAAAAGUAUUAGAAAUAGAAAUUGAACCAGGAAUGAGAGAUGGGCAAAUUUAUCCUUUUGUAGCAGAAGGUGAACCGCAUGUAGAUGGAGAACCUGGUGAUUUAAAAUUUAGAAUAAAACAAUCCAAACAUAAAAUGUUUGAGAGAAGAGGCGAUGAUUUAUAUACAAAUGUUACAAUUAGUUUAACUGAUGCUCUUGUAGGAUUCGAAAUGAAUAUUGAACAUUUAGAUAAACACAAGGUACAUGUUUCAAGAGAUAAAAUAACGUGGUCCGGUGCUAGAUUAAGAAAAGCUGGCGAAGGAAUGCCAAAUUAUGAGAAUAACAAUGUUAAAGGUGCUUUAUUUAUAACUUUUGAUGUUGAAUUUCCUAAAGGUGCAUUAACAGAAGAACAGAAAGAAGGAUUACGUAAAUUAUUAGACCAAGAAUCGAAACAGACAGUGUAUAAUGGUCUACAAGGAUUUUAACACUUAAUUGUUGUUAGAUGUUUUUGUUAUCUAUUUAUUAGUAAAAUUAUCACCCUUGUUUUAUUGGUGCAAGAAAAACUAAGGGUUUGGGGUCUUGUAUAAAAAAAUAAGAGACUGUAAUGUAAAUAAAAUGGAUGAAGACGUACAAACAAGAAAAGGAUUAUGUGCGGAUAUUAAUGGAAGGAUAUGGAUUAUUUGUAUUUGUGAAUGUUGGUAUACAAGCUCAUCAAAAACUUGAAGCAGCUACUCUUGUUUCAUAUGUGAUUUUGUAAUUACCUAGACUCUAGCUGUUUUUUUCUUCAUUUUUGCACUUAUCCCACGAUAAUGAUAAAAUAUGUCCCCUAUUUUUGCAUGAAGUGUUUGACAUGGGUCAUUUUGAUCGACUAAAAAGAAAACUCUCUAGUUAUGAUUAGCUUAAAAAUGAUCUCGUCUGAUCAUAACCUUUUAAUUUUCAUAAACUAUUGAUUGAUUUGGUACUGAGGUACAUGAUCACAAAGUUACUGUCUGUCUUAGGUCUUGAAAUAUUAGUAUCAAACACUGAUAGCAUGUGCAUGUAAUAUAAAUCUUCAAGUUUAUCUCAUGACUUCUUCAUCUAUAUCAACUUGAAUCUUUUUCUACUUAAUGCCAUUUACCUUGAAUAUACUCAACAUGGAUACAAAAAAAAAAACCCAAAUAAUUGUCUAAAUCUAAUCUUUUACCUCUCAUUUGUUUUAAUAUAAUUACCAUUUAUGGCAUUUCCAACCUGGUCAGUUUUCUCUGGGUCCCUCGAUUUCCUCCCACUACCAAAAACUUCUGUGCACAAGCAAAUUGUUGAAAUAAAAAUGUAUAUGUUAGUCAUGAAAUUACCUGCUCUGUGUCAGGUGGAACCUAUCUAUUUUUUAUGGUAUUUACCAUUGUCAUUAAAUUACAGAUCAAACUUUUGUUGGUUUUAAAAUUAAUAUACUGGUACUGUUGAUGGCCUCCACUCUAAAAAGAUCUGACCAAUUUGCAUAGGGAGAUUAUGUCAGAGUUCACAUAUCUCCCAGAAUUGCAUACACAGCUCCAAUGAUUGGUUAAUUCCUGACAUCAAAUAGAAUAUAGUCAAUUAAGAAAAAUUAUUCAGAUCUAAGUUUAGUGAAGGCAAAUAAAACAAAAUUUAAACAAUAAAAAACUAAACUGAAGUUUAUUACAUAGUAAACAUUUGUUAUUUGGGUAUUUAUUUAUCUGUAACCAAUUAAAGGGAACUUCCCAAAUAUUUAAGAUGAGGUGUUAGAGUAAACUUAUCUUGCCUUGUGCAUGACACCCAUCACUACUUAAGCUAGUUGGUGAUAAUAGUUUGGAUAUCAGAAUCCAAAGCAAGCUCUGGGAUAAUAAUUGUUUCAUUGUAAAUAAGCAAAAUAAAAACAACUCUUGAAAAAUAUAUUCAUGCAAUGGGUUGUUUUUCUUAUUCUCUCUCCUUCAUGCAUAUCACAGGAAGAACAACCCAACUUCUAAGAUCUCACUUAACUAAUUCUUAGAAGCUUUCAGAAUUUAUAAUCAAAAUUACACACUAUGAUAAAAGGAGGAUUUUUUAAUGAUUAAACUACACCAGAUGUUAAACUCAUCUUCACCAGCUCAUGCACCCUUUAUUCCUUCUAUUCACCACUGUCAAAGUAUAUGUUCUAUGUUAGUCUAUUCUGGUGCGAGAUGAUGAUGUAGCAAGGGAAUAAGUAUGUAGACAGAGGGAUGUAAAACUUAUCUUCACCAGCUCAUGCACCCAAUACUUCUAUAUGUUUCAAAGUUAUACUGUAAUUUGAAUCAAGCCUGGUGGGAGAAGGUGAUGCAUCGAAUUCAGUAUUUUUCUGAUUUUAGAUAUUAUAGAUCAUCGCUAUAAUAAAUUUAUUAUGAAGUUUUUUGUUAUGUUUGUUAUAUGAAGAAAUGUUUUGUUAUUGUAAAUGUUUAUUACCUUAGAACUCAAUUUAUUAUAAAUAUAUAUAUGUUGUUUGGCAUAUGAUAGAACAAGAUGGUUUAGAACAUUUUGAAACAAUAUUAUUCUAUUGUAUGACAUGGUAACAUUUCUCUUAAUCUGAAACUGCCUAGGAAUCAAUGUUCAGGAUGGACUGGCAAAUUGCAUUGUUUAGAAAUAUAUGGGCUCCUUUGAGCCUUCGGUCAAUACAUUUGUAUGUGUGGUUCUUGGAGGUGCAGGAGAGCUCAGAUAUUUCGGACUAAUGAGUCACUUGUCACACCUGACAUAACUUCUAAUUAUAAAGCGAUCAUGUUCAAUAGUUUUUUCCUAAUUGGAACUGAAAUACAUUUAGAUUUAAUUGUCAAUUUGUGUUCACUCUACACCCCUUGAGAUCCAAAAUAUGCUUCUUCAUUUUAACAUAGAAUGUAUGAUUAUCAUUUUGCUUUAUUUGAAGCUAUGAUAUUGGAGUGCAGUUUAUCAUUGUAUAUUAAAAUCAUCAAUAAUUCAACAUAAAUGUUAUGUUCUGUCUAAAACUAGAGAUGGUUUUGUGAACAUGCUUCGGAAUUAGUUUUAUGGUGUCAUACAACCAACAAAAUGUGAUUCAUCCAUAUUUAAAAAUUACACAUUUUGGUAUGUAUGUUAAUCCAUAAAAUUACAUAAAACGCUUUAAUUUUCUACUGAAAAUGCUUUGAUAUUUAUGUAAUUUAGAUUAACAAAUUAAUUUGUCAUUUCCAUAUAUUAAAGUAAAGAACCUUGAA